AUGUGUUCCAGGAGAACGCACGACAAAAUUUUCUUUACGGAAGGUGAGCAGCCAGCAGAGGGUGCACCUCCAGCCGAGGGUGCACCAGCACCACCGGCGGAAGGAGCAGCCGCAGCACCUGCGGACGGAACAGUACCGCCAACGGAAGGAGCACCUACAGCUGCCCCCGUAGAAGGCGCGCCCGCAGCGCCAUCUGCAGAAAAUGCACCUCCAGCAGACGGUGCACCUGCAGCUCCUCAACCAGAGGGUGCACCUGCGAUACCUCCAACGGAGGGUGCGCCUGCAGCACCUCCGGCAGAAGGUGCACCAGCAGUGCCUCCGACGGAGGGCGCACCUGCAGGAGAGGGCGCAGCUGCAGCACCUUCCGCGGAGGGUGCACCUCCAGCAGUCCCGACAGAGGGUGCACCUGCAGCACCUACAGCGGAGGGAGCACCUCCAGCAGUCCCGACAGAGGGUGCACCUGCAGCACCUCCAGCGGAUGGAGCGCCUCCGGCGGAAGGUGCACCUGCUGCACCUCCAGUAGAAGGUGCACCUCCAGUGGAAGGUGCACCUGCAGCAGCACCGGCUGAAGGCACGGCCGCAGUGCCUGCAGCAGAAGGUGCGCCAGCAGCGCCGCCAGCGGAAGGUACGCCUGCCGCACCUCCAGCCGAAGGCGCUACUCCAGCUCCACCGGCAGAAGGAGCUGCAGCCCCAGCGACACCAGCGGCACCAGCGGCACCGGCGGCACCAGCGGAAGGCGCAGCACCACCAGCCACAGAAGGGGCAGCAGCUCCCGCGCCAGCACCAGCACCGGCGCCAGCACCGGCGCCAGCACCGGCGGCCCCUGCAGAAGGAGCACCCCCAGCAGCAGAUGCAGCUGCGCCGGCUGUUUCACCACCCGCAGCAGCAACGGCCGAAGGUGCAUAA